UGGUAGUUAUCUGUAAGCCUAGCGGAAAGGCCACACCCGCAGCACAGAUGUUGUAACAGUGUUGAUCUCGACUCCAUGCUGAUGCGUUUAUAAAAUCUUUGACCCAAUCAUUCUAGCAAAGCUCUAUAUAUAUACAACACGUCUCACUCAUAGCAAAUGUUUAAUAAAAGAGGCGAUACGAGUGGUUGAGCCGAUAGCCGGAACAAGCGCAACAAUCGCCGAGCCGAGGCAUUUCUCCCUUGCCCGCACCUCAGCUACGAUGCGCAGGUGACAGGUAAAAUAAGUCCCAGACCGACCAAGACAAAACAUAAAAUAGCGCCACCCCCCAUUGAAACAGCCCGGUAAAUUCGGCGCUCUUUUCGUUGGUUGUUGUAAAAAGAAACAUCUCAUCACUUUUGCUUGCCUCCCUUGGGACCCCUCCACCCAAGCGGGACGGACCGCAUUUGAAUCAAGUGAGCAAACAUGGCAUCCAGCGCAGCAACCAGGAAGAUUUCGCGGGAGGAAGUUGCAAAAAACAACACUGAGGAUUCGUGCUGGUGUAUUAUCGACCACAAAGUCUAUGACUUGACCGAUUUCCUCGAUGCACACCCCGGCGGCAACGUCGUCCUUACGCAGGUUGCCGGAACCGAUGCCACGGCCGCUUUCUACAACCUCCACAGACACGAGGUGCUACAAAAAUACGCCAAUCUUUGCAUCGGCACGGUCGAGAACGAAACGCCUGAAGUGGUAGAUCCGCAGCCUGGUGAUCUCAGCAAGGUCCCGUAUGGGGAACCAUUAUGGCUGUCGCCGAUCUACAAGAGCCCCUACUACAACGAGUCACAUCGUAGAUUACGAAAAGUCCUGCGGGAGUUUGUCGAUGUUCAUGUGUAUCCGGAAGCGCAGGAGAAGGAGCUUGAUGGUACAUAUAUCUCUCAGGGGCUCGUGGACAAGAUGGCGGAGACAAAUUUGCUCGCCAUGCGUCUAGGCCCAGGGCCCCAUUUGCACGGGCGGAAGCUGUUUGGUGGUGAGGUGAAGGGAGAGGAGUUUGACUACUUCCAUGACCUUAUCGUUGCUCAAGAGCUGGCACGAGCAAACGCGCGAGGAUUCCAGGACGGCAACAUGGCUGGCAUGAUGAUUUCCCUGACUGCAGUGCGACAGUGGCUUAAGAAUAAGGAACUCCGCGAAAGGGUCACGGAAGAGUCCCUGUCUGGGAAGAAAUUUAUGUGUCUGGCUGUCACGGAAGCGUUUGCUGGAUCCGAUGUUGCGGGUAUCCGCACAACGGCGACGAAGACCCCAGAUGGCAAGCACUACAUAAUCAACGGCACGAAGAAAUGGAUCACCAACGGCAUGUGGGCCGACUACUUCGUUACAGCUUGCAGGACCGAGAAGGGAUUCUCCGUCAUCCUAAUCCCCCGCGACGAGAAUGUUGAGACCAAGCGGAUCAAGACAUCAUACUCCACUGCUGCAGCCACCACCUUUAUUCAAUUCGACAAUGUCAAAGUCCCUGUCGAAAACUUACUCGGCGAAGAGCACAAGGGAUUUAUUGUGAUAAUGAGCAAUUUCAACCACGAGCGCUGGGCCAUGACCUGCAGCGUUAUUCGCUGGGGCCGCACCGUCGUCGAAGAGUGUCUCAAAUGGGCGAACCAGCGCAUCGUCUUCGGCAAACCCCUGAUCAGCCAGCCCGUAAUCCGCCAGAAACUAGCCAAGAUGAUCUCUCUUGUCGAAGCGUCGCAGUCCUGGUUGGAAACUAUCACGUAUCAAAUGUGCAAUAUGAGCUAUGAGGAACAAUCGAAGCACCUAGGUGGGCCUAUUGGACUUCUCAAGUCUUAUGCAACGCGCUGCGCACAUGAUAUUGCGGACGAUGCUGUGAAUAUCUUCGGCGGCCGUGGAUUAACGCAGACUGGAAUGGGAAGAGUUGUGGAGCAGUUCCACCGUACUUAUAAGUUCGAUGCGAUUCUUGGUGGCACGGAGGAGAUUUUGGCGGAUUUGGGUGUUAGACAGGCUAUGAAGCAGAUGCCCAAGGCCAUGUUGUAAAUUAACCUUUUCCACUAGGGAUAUCUUGCAGCAUAUGGCAGUGUAAGGAGCAGGCUUAUAUAUAGAUCUUGUAACAAUACGGUAUCAGAUUUUCGGAAAUUUUCUUAAACUUUUUGGGGAUAUUGUCGGGCAGACUACAGGAGCUAGUAACUUGGAAUUUAUAUACUUUUUAUUCUCCCCGAUAUUCCUAUUUAGAAGAGUGACAAUAAUAUUGAUUAAA